AUGGCCACCCUCCAGGCAGUAGGGCCCACGUUGGCCACCCUCCAGACAGUAGGGACCACGUUGGCCACCCUCCAGACAGUAGGGCCCACGUUGGCCACCCUCCAGACAGUAGGGCCCACGAUGGCCACCCUCCAGACAGUAGGGCCCACGUUGGCCACCCUCCAGACAGUAGGGCCCACGUUGGCCACCUUCCAGGCAGUAGGGCCCACGAUGGCCACCCUCCAGGCAGUAGGGCCCACGAUGGCCACCCUCCAGGCAGUAGGGCCCACGAUGGCCACCCUCCAGGCAGUAGGGCCCACGAUGGCCACCCUCCAGGCAGUAGGGCCCACGAUGGCCACCCUCCAGGCAGUAGGGCCCACGAUGGCCACCCUCCAGACAGUAGGGCCCACGAUGGCCACCUUCCAGACAGUAGGGCCCACGAUGGCCACCUUCCAGACAGUAGGGCCCACGAUGGCCACCUUCCAGACAGUAGGGCCCACGAUGGCCACCCUCCAGACAGUAGGGCCCACGAUGGCCACCCUCCAGACAGUAGGGCCCACGAUGGCCACCCUCCAGACAGUAGGGACCACGAUGGCCACCCUCCAGGCAGUAGGGACCACGUUGGCCACCCUCCAGGCAGUAGGGCCCACGAUGGCCACCCUCCAGACAGUAGGGCCCACGUUGGCCACCCUCCAGACAGUAGGGCCCACGUUGGCCACCCUCCAGACAGUAGGGCCCACGAUGGCCACCCUCCAGACAGUAGGGCCCACGUUGGCCACCCUCCAGACAGUAGGGCCCACGAUGGCCACCCUCCAGACAGUAGGGCCCACGAUGGCCACCCUCCAGACAGUAGGGACCACGUUGGCCACCCUCCAGGCAGUAGGGACCACGUUGGCCACCUUCCAGGCAGUAGGGCCCACGAUGGCCACCCUCCAGACAGUAGGGACCACGUUGGCCACCCUCCAGACAGUAGGGCCCAUGGCCACCCUCCAGACAGUAGGGCCCACAUGGCCACCCUCCAGACAGUAG